GCUCCCCGCUCCGUGCUCCCCGCUCCGCGCUUGGGGUCGUUCGCCCCGUCGCCAUGGCCGGGCUUGUUGUCAGUGGAACGCAAGUGUCCUACAUAGGCCAGGACUGCAGAGAAAUUCCAGAGCACCUCGGCAGGGACUGUGGACAUUUCGCCAAGAGGCUUGAUCUGAGCUUUAACCUUCUGAGCUUGCCUCUGCUGCCUUCCUGCCUGCCGAGUGUUAGAGAGGAAGCACACAAAGGAACUGUGCAAAGUUUGGAAGCAACUGGCAGGUCACUGGAAGGACUGAGCGCCUUCGGGAGCCUGGAGGAGCUCGUCUUGGACAACAAUCUGCUGGGGAACGACCUCGUGUUGCCAGGGUUACCCAGGCUCCAUACCUUAACCCUCAACAAGAACCAGAUCACUGAUUUGGAGCAUCUGCUUGAUCACCUGGCAGAAGUGACACCGGCUCUGGAAUACCUUAGCCUGCUGGGUAACGUGGCAUGUCCCAACGAACUGGUCAGCUUGGAAAAGGACGAAGAAGACUAUAAGAGAUACAGAUACUUUGUUCUGCACAAGCUGCCCAAUUUAAAGUUCUUGGAUGCCAGGAAAGUAACCAGAGAGGAACGAGAGGAAGCUUUGGUCAGAGGGGCGUUCAUGAAGGUGGUGAAGCCCAAGGAUUCCAGUGACAGCGCUGCUGCCCCUCCGGAGUGCCACUACACACCCCUGCCUUCUGCUUCCAGGGAACUCACCAGUCACCGAGGUGUCCUGGGGAAGUGUCGCUAUGUUUACUAUGGGAAGAACUCGGAGGGCAACAGGUUUAUCCGAGAUGACCAGCUCUGAAGGCAAGUUCUGUAUGCCUUAGCCCAUGUCAUGAGGAUUUAAGCA